UCUCAAUGGAAACUCUCAGUGAAUUGCAUAAAAUUGUCAUUUUAAUCAUGAGAUUAAUAUAAAUUAAGAAACGUAAAAUCAAUAUUGUAUACAUAUCAAUUACAUGAACAAGGACAUGUCUAUUACGGGAUCAUUGUUAACAUAUGAAAAUAAUAACCACAUUGUAAAUAAAUCAAAAAAUCGCAGUUCCACUUUUUAUUCUUCCAAUUGUACUACUAGCAUCUUAUCUACUACAGCAAUCUCUAUGAGAAAAACAGCACCGUCCAGUUUAAAUUCGAGCAUAUCGAAUACAAUUUUAACUGAUUCAACUGGAAAUCAUAAACAACACCAAUCUCAUCCUAAUUUACAGAGUAAUUAUUUGCCAGCCAAGUAUAUGAAUUCGAAAAGAAAGCAUUCUAAAUACAACAACAGUAUGUAUUCUUCGCAGAUGUAUCCGGAUCAUAACAAUUACUUGCAUUUAAAUUCUUUAUGGUCAAUAUGGUAUGGAGUAUUGCUUACCUUAUUCCAAGGAUAUUUAGCUGUACAUGGUGCUUAUAGGUUUUUGGGUUGUUCUCUGAUUCCGUGGAAAAUUGAGCCUGUAGCUGAGCUGAAUUUACAAAUUAUUUUGUCUGGGUUGGUUUUCGUAUUACUGCCAUUUUUCUUUACCUCUGCAGUUUUUAAAGUAGGUAACUUGGCAAACGAUGGUAUUAAAUUGGGAAGUGCUGCAAAAGAGCGUCGUUGCACGAUGGUACCACAUGAUGGUUUAGAAGAAGAAUCACGUGGUGGUACAUUUCGAACGUUGUGGACACAUGGUGGACCUACGGCAGCUUUUAUACAUAUCUUGAUAGCAAUGUGUUUACUUUUACCACGUUUACUUUUGGAAGGACGUAUAAUUGAAAAUGGUCUGCUGCCAAGAGAAACAAUUUGGCAAACUGAACUUGAUUUUGUGACAGUAAAUCGUCGCAAUUUGAUAGCUUUAUCUGUUAAGGCCUCACCUUAUCAAAACAAUACGCCAUUCGAAUCACAAGAAGAUGAGGACUAUUUUAAUGACACCAUAUUUACUGCCUACGCCAAAAGUGGCAAGAAUGUUAACAAUUUGUUGGAUAAUAAUUAUAAACAACAAGAUAAAAAAACGAUAUUGAAAAUAUCUGGAAAAACAAAAUACUUUGAAUUGCCAGAUUUAGUUGAAGCCCAUAUAAAAGAAAAUAUCAAUGAUCCAAAUAAUUUUAUAUCUGAACAUGUGACAAAAGAAGUAUCAACAAUUCCCCCUAUUUAUAUCCAGAACGUCACAUAUGAGGAUGAAACUGCGAAUAAAACAUUAACAUCAAAUGUAGAAACUACUACCAAUGCAGCUGUUGAUAAAUAUAUUACAUCAACUAAUAGAUAUGUCGACGUUGGGACAAUAACUAGUGAUAACUUUCAUACUACAUACUCAAUACCUACUCAACCUACUAAAAUAACUCCGAACUAUAGCGAAUUUAGCUCGUUCACAUCUCCAAACCCAAAACAUAUUUCAUAUCAUAUACAUCAUCAUAAUCAACAACAUCAAAGCCAUAAUCCUCAUGUUGGCAAGUCGAUACGAAAACAUCACCGACAAAGAAAAAUUUCUUCGUCUUUAGCCCAACGUAAAAAUCACCAGCAGCAUUCUCAACAUCAUAUAGCUAUGAAAUCCUCUAGGCGAAUAGAUAAUGUGCCUCUUUCGAAUAAUGAUAAAUCCGACGAAUCUAUAGAUUUAAAUAAUCUGGAUGAGCUAAAUACUCCACAUUCUAAUGAAGGACGUUAUGGUGGCAACGUAUAUGAACAUAGGCCCACUUCUUAUGAAGAAUCCGAUUAUGGUCAUGCUAGAGUAGCCAUUUAUCCAAAAUCGUCAACGACAAUUAGCACGACUACACGGGAUAGUAAUAUUCAUAUUGUCAAACCAGAAAAACUACCUGAGAUUAUACCAUCUACUCCACUCUCAAGUAAUUCGAAAAUUAUUGAAAUUAAAACAAAGCCAAAUAAAAAAAUUAAACGAGACAUUUCUUUAACCGAAGAAAAUCAUGUAGAAAUUGAACCGGAAUAUCUAGUUGGAGAUUUGGCUUUAAAUGAUUCUAGUGAAUAUAUAGCAGACAGCAAUCCAAUUGAAUCAUCUACCAUUUCAGCUGUUCAAUUACCUAACCCCGAAAACGGAGUAGUACGUCUUGAUGGAUUUGCUGGUAUGUUGCAAUUAUUUUUUGGUGUAGAGAAACCCAUAGAUGUGAAUGUCUUUAGACAUCCUCCUAGUGCUGAAUUUGUAAAUUUGUUGUUCGCCUUUUUGGUUUGGUGCGUUCGUUAUCCAGCGGUGUUUUGGACUACUGCCAAAUCAUUUGCUACCAUAUUCAGCGUGCAAAUGAUUGCAUCAGCUGCAGAUAUUAUCUUCAGUUUCGUUGGAAUAUCUAAUCUUUUUAAACUACAAAUUUACAGUCAAGGACAGCCUAUACAAAACCCUGGCUUAAUCUUAAAUGCCAGUGUCACACUUGCUCUAUUUUUGCUGUCUGUUAUAUUAAUACUGUCUUCAUCGAUGGUCAUGUAUUUGUAUGGACAUGGCCGUUUAUCAGUUAAAAUGCGUGAUCGUUCUAUAAUAUCUUUGAAGUCUAAUGAAUCUUGGAUUUAUUUUGCACAUUGUGCCUCGCUGUGCUAUGUUUUGGCUUUAUCUGUAGUUAAAGCUCCAUUGUUAAAUGACUUAAGUGCAACAUAUCGAUACAAUUUGCACUGCCCAACAUUUAUGGCAGCUCUUGUUAGCGUAAUGCAUAUAUUAUUAUGGAUUAUAAUUUGGCUGGGUUUGACUGUAAAACGUAAAUGGAAUUUUAAAUUGCCACCUUUGGAUGCAUACGCAAUAAUAGGAAAAGCUACUACACAACCAUUACUAAUGCACAACAGAGGAAGUUUAUCAAACACUACUACAGCCAGCUUAAAUAACUCCACCACAAUAUGUGUUAGCAGUUCCCCUGCAAGUGAAAAUAUGGAACACAAAAUUAACUGUGAAAAUUCCGGAAAUCUAAUCAGUAACGCUUCGAGCUCAGAUAUAUUAAAUGAAGCACCCCCCGAUGAGAUAUAUUGGCCCAAGCUAGCACCCAGUUCCCCGAAAUUAAAAGUCACCUUCAAUGAAGUUACGAGUACGUCUGACGAUGAUCAUCAUCAUCGACUAAGUGGUGAACAUGAACAAAACGAUGGCAAGCGCAAUUCGCCCUGUGGAACCUCGGUAUGUUUUACCAGUAUUGAGGGGGAAAUUGAUGAUGGAGAAUAUGCAACAUUAAGAUCAGGCACAGCAAGCAUUGUUGGCAUGACUUUUGGCAGUAGCAGCGAAACAGGGAAUAGCAUUGUUCUUUCUAAAGUUCAUACACCAACUGGUGGCGUAAAAGUUUUACAUUUAAGUGAAUACGACGAGUUGCCACCACCUCCACCUAAUAUGAUAUCUUCAAUGACGAUUACAAACCACACAACAAAUGUAACUAUAAAUCCUGAAAGUAAUUAUGUUAAUUGCCUUGAAGACAGCAUUGGCAAAUUGUUUGGUGAUGACAAUAUAUCUGAGGAGGGAAAAUUAUUGGAAUGUGUGCGAGAUGAUAGUGUGACUUAUGCUUCUACACGUGAUUUGGAACCACCGCCAGCAACAUCGGAUAUAAUCACAAAUAAUAAUAGUUUAGUAAUAUUAAGCAGGAAUCCUCAACAAAUGCCUAAACAUUCUUCAUCUCCAGAUCAUUUAAUCAGCCCUUUGGCACCGGUAAGGGUAGCUAUACACACAAAUGAAGCACAUAUUGCUUCCAGUUCUACUCCCCGCUGUUUACGGAGAGCCGACUCUGGCGUCCCUCAAGAAGCUUUAACACCACGCAGUGAUACAAAUUCUUGUGGUACAUCAAGUACAGUAUCUCCACCCGAAAGAGCUCCAUCCGAAUCAUCAAGUGGCGUUCACUCAGCUGAAGAACGAGAAAUUGAAGUUGUUAUAAGACCUAGGGUCGCCAGUAAGCCACUUGAAAAACUGCCGCCACCUGCCAUACAAGAAGAACCGUAUGGCCGUUGCACGAAUAUGCGUAUGUCCAGUUUUGCAGGGUUAAGCAAUGCAAAUAGUGCAACAUUGCCCUUACAGCGUUCUUAUACUGAUCAAAAAUUUGAUUAUUCUCAACAUUGCAGUACAAUGCCACUGCCUAUGAAUAGUCAUAAUCAUUACCAGCAACAACAACACUCAUCUAUGUAUGCCACUUCGGCCCACUGCAUGACACAAACUCAAAACGCUGCUCCUAAUGUAAGUUCUUUCAAAACACCUCUAUAUGCCAAUUCAGGAGUUGCAAUGUCGGGUCAAAAAACAAUUCCACCGCUCGACCGAGAUGAACAUACACGUCCACCAAUUCCACCUCCACCACAAGUUACACAUACUACGUUGCCAAAUGGUACACGUUAUUCAAAUCCUAACAUCUUAAGACGUCAUCCCUAUAUCAAAGGUCCAGAUCCACUAUAUAGCCAAACGUUUUCAAAAAGUGUCUAUGAAAGUUCUCUGGUCAACUCAACUAUACACGAAGAUCGAGAUUCUGCCAAUUAUUCAAUGAUCUCCGAUCAGGAAAGUCUCUAUGCCACAGCCAAUGCUUUGCACUAAUAUUCCAACUACAUACUAGUUAUUAUUUUGUAAUACUAAUAUUUUAAAUACUUACUUACUUACUUCUAUGCUUUUAACAUAAUAUUUAUAUACAUACAUACAUUUAAAUGCAUAGAUCAUAAAAAUACAUUAACAAAUCAUACUUAAAACUACAAAAUUUUACAAAUGGUAUAACUAAUAAUACAAUUAUAGCAAUUAUUCUCCUCUCAAUGCUUGAUAAUCUAGAGUCUUAUACAUAUUAUUGGACUCGAGUAACAUACGCAAUUUAUUUUACAAAAUACAGAGAAUUGUCACUACUA